UUUUUAUGCGAAGAGCAAAAGAAACAGUUUAGUUCACCAAGCGCGGACUCCUCUUUCCUCUCCAGUCUCUCCUCCAUCCCCCGAUUCCCAACUCCAGAACCUCUCCUCUCCUCGCCCUCCCACGGAAUCCCUGUUUUUAGCUAAGCCGCGACCAAAAAGGUGCGAUUUUUAACUAGUAGACCUCGUCCUCGGGGCGGCUUCCAAAGAUUCGAUUUAAGGCUGCGGCGGCGGCAGGCGAAAGCCCUCGCUUUUUCCCCUUUUAUCAGAAGAGGAGUUGACGAAGGCGGGGCCAAAGAGAGGCGGGCAGGGAGCGGUGGCGGGGAAUCUGAUGAUUCGCGGCUGUUCGUUGACCGUCUCCCUUCCUCGGAGGCCGUGACGGGCCCUCGUCGCUCGCCCCGAGAAGAGAUGAUGCGCAUCGGUGAGUAGAUAUCCCCGGUGGAGUUGGGGGGGGGGGAGGGGUGGGCGAGGGAUGAGGGCCGUCGGUGGUGAGGACGCGGAGGCGAUGGAGAGGGAAUUCGAGGCGAAGCUUCGCUUGCAGCAGCCGUUGCCGGGCGGGGUCGCCGGCGGCAAGGUGGUGCAGAAGACUAACAGCAUUGCCUUCAGGGCGCCGCAGGAGCAGUUCACCAUCAAGGAUUUCGAGCUGGGAAAGGUCUUUGGCGUCGGUUCCUACUCGCAGGUAGUCAGAGCAAAGAAGAAGGAUACAGGAAAUGUAUAUGCUUUGAAAAUUAUGGACAAGAAGUUCAUUGCAAAAGAAAAUAAAGUAUCCUAUGUAAAGAUGGAGCGUAUAGUACUUGAUCAAUUAGAUCAUCCUGGUAUAAUCAGGCUGUGUUUUACAUUCCAAGAUGCACACUCUCUUUACAUGGCACUUGAGUGUUGUGAAGGUGGGGAGCUAUUUGACCAAAUAACCAGGAAAGGAUAUCUAAGUGAGGAUGAGGCUCGCUUCUAUGCUGCUGAAGUUGUUGAUUCUUUAGAAUAUAUUCAUGGUGUAGGAUUAAUUCAUCGGGACAUCAAGCCAGAGAACUUACUACUCACCGCUGAUGGACACAUUAAAAUUGCUGAUUUUGGCAGUGUGAAGCCAACUAGGGAUAGCCAAAUGACAGUUCUUCCAAGUUCAUUAAAUGAAAAGACAUGUACUUUUGUUGGAACAGCUGCAUAUGUCCCUCCGGAAGUUCUUAAUUCUUGCCCAGCGACUUUUGCGAAUGACCUUUGGGCUCUUGGAUGCACCCUAUAUCAAAUGCUUUCUGGUUCAUCUCCCUUUAAAGAUGCCAGUGAAUGGCUAAUUUUCCAAAGAAUCAUAACAAGAGACCUCAAGUUUCCUGAGUUCUUUUCACAUGAAGCAAGAGAUCUUAUUGAUAAGUUAUUGGAUACAGAUCCCAGUAAAAGACCAGGUGCUGGACCUGAUGGCUAUGCUUCUGUCAAGAAGCAUCCUUUCUUCAAUGGAGUUGAUUGGAAACAAUUGCGAAAGGCACCAGCACCAAGACUUGCUCUGGAUCAUGAUAAUGGUGUGGAUUAUGACAGUCAAGAUGCCACAUGGAACCUCACACAUGUGGGUGGUGCGCCUUCAGCUCACCAACAUGUCAUACCGGACGGGAAUGCUGGUGCCACAUCAUCUUCGGAAACACAAUCUCAUAUCUCCAGGCUGGCUUCGAUCGACUCAUUCGACUCAAGAUGGCAAGAGUUUCUUGAGCCUGGAGAGGUGAUUGUUAUGAUCUCAAAGCUGAAGAAGCUUCAGAAGCUGACUAACAGGAAAGUGCAACUCAUUCUUACUGACAAGCCCAAAUUGCUUUGCAUGGAUCCCUCCAAAAUGACAGCCAAAGCAAACAUAAUCUGGUCCCACAGUCCCAGUGAGCUUAGCGUCCAAGUAGCGAACUCUUCACAUUUCAAGAUAUGCACGCACAAAAAAGUGAUAUCUUUCGAGGAUGCAAAACAGCGGGCAUGGCAGUGGAAGAAGGUAAUUGAAGGGCUUCAACAUCGUUGAAUCUGCUGCUGUAUCACAUCCUUCCGAAAGCAUGAUACUACUUCCAAAUUACAAGAUUAUUCCCAAAGGAUAAUAACAAUAUGAAAAUGGGUUCCGCAAUGCAAAGUUGCAGAAGGAUCCUGUGUUGGUGUAUCACCUUUUUCUUUUCAUUUUUAUAGAUCAAACGGAACCAUGAUAGAUCUAUACGAGUCGAUGUUUGCUCAUGGGACCAUGUCAGAUAGACUUACUACAAAAUUUACAGCCAUAGAGCUGUAUCAUUUUUAUUUUGCAUAUCAUUUUUUUCUAAUCCUAUUAAUUAAUGCUCGAGAAAACUGAUUUCUAAA